AUGUUCUUCAAUCCAAGCUGACCUUCUUCAUUAGAGUUGGUGGAACUUCAUGUUUUUCGUGAAGGAUCGUGGAACUAUAAGUUAAAUACCAUUUCAAUAGAAGUUGUUAACAAAUUCAUUUCAGCUGGAUUUAUAAGAGUAUCUCCUCACCUUACUUUACAAGCCCUGAGGGAGCAUCUCCAUGGGUUCCUUGGUGAAGACGCUGUUGCAGAAAAAAUUCUGUUUCUGAAAUCCAUUGGAAGCAAUCUAGCUGUGGUAAAGGCAAAGCAAGAAUCAGAACUGAAACUCAAAUCAUUAGCUCCUCCCUAUGCUCUUCUACCAGAGUUAUAUUUGCUUCCUAUAAUGGAUCACUUAGGAAAUAUUUAUUCAGUGAACAUUUUUUUAGAUGGGCAGCCGACUAACGAUGUUGCUGCAGCUGAUGGAAUAAUCCACAGACCAGUUAGUAUAGUUUUGCCCAAGGAACAACCUGGAACAGAUCCCAGUUUUUUAGAAAACACUUUGGAAGAGCUUCUUAACAAGAAUCAGGAAAAAGGCUGGGGAAAAAGCCCACUCCAAAAGACUCCAAAAGAAAACAUGACUGGAAAAAAUGAAAUUGGAAAUUCUGAAUUGACAGGAUCAUCAGAAGAUUCAAAUAAUAGUUAUUUUAGCAGCAAAAAAAGUCAUUUUCUUUGGGAAAAUGAAGAUGACAGAGUUAAUAUUAGAAAAAAGGAGAAUCAACAGGUUGGUAAAAAAGAAUCCAUCACCCUACCAGAUCUCAUUGAUUUUCCUUCACGUCCUUGUCAACCUACUCCUACUCCAGGACUAACUAGUAUCUCUUUAUUACGGAUUGAGAGAGAGAAGAUUGUUGAACAAAUGAAACAAGUGAAGGAAGAAAGAAGAUACCUGGAAAGAAUUAGAGAAGAACAUAAAUUUGAAAAGCUAUUUGAACAAAGUAAAUUGAAGCAAUAUCAUGCCUUUGCUUUUUUUGUAUGCUGUGAUGGUUAGAAGAAAAAGUACUUUGAAACAAAGAAAGUUAUGGCAUCUUUGGAGGAGGUUUUAACAAAACUUCAAGAAGAUUUGGACCUUUACUAUAAAAAACUGCUCAUGCAACUUGAAACCAGGGAGAUCAGAAUGAGACCAAAGAAUCUGGCAAAUAUCACAGACUCUAAAAAUUACCUUAUGAUCCAAAUUACUGAGGUACAGCAUGCGAUUAACCAACUUAAGAGAAAAUUGGAUACUGACAAAAUGCAACUCAUAAUAGAAGUUAAGUUGAGAAAAAAAGCAGCUGCAGAUUUAUGCAUAUUGAAAGCUGAACUGAAACAGAAGAAAAUUAAUAUAUCUUUAUCAUUUCACUUAGGUAUAUUAAUUUAAAAUCUUUAUUUGUCAAAUUUUAAAUAUUUGUUUAAUCAGAUCUGUUUAAUCAUUGUUCUCCAUGGCAGUGUUUUAUAUAAAUCAUAGGUUUUAUUUAUUCUCACUUUUCAUGUAUUACAAAGUGUUUCAGGAAAUAUUAAAUGUAAAAAACCCCAGAUGGUGGCUAUUUGGUUAUUUUUGAAGGUUUCAAGUCUAUUACAUAUUAUUUUACAGUACUAUAUUUUAAAUUUUCAUUUUUAAAUUGUCUUAAAUAUGAUAGUUAAUAUUAAUAUAAAAACGAUAUAUUUUAACAAAUAUUAAUCUAUUUGCAUGUAAAUGUAGACAGUUUAAUUUGUUCAUUGUAUUUCAAUUAAAAGCAAUCUGGAAAUGUAAAAGAAAGGGAUUUUGAACUUAUAUACAAAGCUAUGAUAGAGAUUACC